CAACACUGCAGUUGUGCUUGAAGAUGUUGGGCGUGCUGGUGCUGCUGUUGCUGGCGAUCGGAGUCCAGGAUUGCCGGGCCGAUUGUAAUAUCUGCAGCGCAUCCUCCAAUGCGGCCUGCGUCUCGGAAACACAGUUUAUGUUCUGCGAGGACAACCUACCCAUCCAGCCAAUCAAUAGUUGUCCAUCGGGAACGUAUUGUACGGCGCAGGCGGCGAUUUGCCAGGCCGACAGCAACAUGAGGUCAUGUAACAGCUGUUCAAUGUGCAACUCAGGCAUGACCCAUGCCUGCCUGGGCGUUCGCACAUUUGCUCUGUGCCUGGGUACACUCACGCCAUCGUCGAUCACCGGCAGCUGUGCUCCCAACUAUGUCUGCAACCUGGAAAAUCCCAACAUUUGCAGCAGUGCAACAUCCGGCUCACAGGCCACCUGCCCCCUGGUGGAUGAUGAACUGUCAACGACAAUGUCUCCAGGCUCUUUCGUGGAUCCCACCACUUACUGCAGCUAUAUCCAGCAGGCUGGCCGCUUUCCCUAUGGCAACACGCUGGAAACAACGUGCAAAGAGUACAUCAACUGCUAUUUGAGCUCUAGUUCCUGGUACGGUGCCCUCUACUACUGCCCGGGCUCAACCUAUUUCCAACCCACUUCAAAGAUGUGCAACACCACCAUUCCUCCCACCUGCACCUCAGGCGUAAGAAACUUGCAGCUACGAAGUCUGCGACUGUCCUGAGCAUGGAUACCAAAUGUAAAUCAAAAGUAGUUUUGAUUGAAAAGGGCUUUUAUUUGUUGAAAAAUAAAAAAUGUAUUGAAAUAAUAAUUAUAUGUUUAUUUAUAUACUUAAAA